AUGCCGCAGCAUUUCAUAGUUCUUCCACCCAUUUCUACGGAGGGUCUUACUGCUGCCGAUGUCUCCGCCCUUGCUGUGCGCGUACACGAGCUAAUGAUCGUGGCUUUACGCGAGAUAUCAGUCCCCGCAGUGUCCAGCAAGAAAGCGGGACCCUCAUCAGUGUCAGAGCCAUAUCUAGCAACAGCGACGUCAGAAGAAUCCGAGCCACAUCAUGUAGAGCCCGCCGAAUCGUCCGUCAUUUCCUCGCACCCCGUCGAACCUACAGAUCACCCCGAGCCGGAGUCCCAGUCUCAGUCCCAUUCUCGCGCAGAGAGCUGUGCGGAGAGCUACGCGUCUGAGGAGACCUCAGCAUCAUUAGUGGGAAGCAGGAUAGACGGGAGCGAGACCGGUACCGAGACUGAGGAAGACGAUGGCAUGGUGCUCGUUGGGCAUCCAAGUAGCGGCUCCGCGUGA